AUGGUCACUUUCCGGGAUUCAUCUGUCGUCAUUCUUGAUACCUCUCGCGAUUCUGUCAAAGGUGUACUCGGACUUGGAGACCUGUUGCAUGUCCCAUCUAUUGAAAUUCAAGCGCGCGUUGGCUUGCGCCAUGGGCAUGCACACGGUCUAGCGGCACCUCCAAUGUCUCGCGCCAAUUCUGGGCAGGCAAAUGAGGGCACUCCCGCUGCUUCAACAAGUCGCGCGGCUACCCAAGGGCCGACUCCGGGUGCCAGGGUCAACGAUUAUAUUGUCGGCACCGCGCUCGAUGAAGCACUUGCGGCUGGACAGGAUAUCGCUGUAUAUUGGCCAUUUGCAGACGGUACAGUGAGUGACUGGACCCAGGCAGAAGCAUUAUGGAAACACGUCCUCUUCAACGGUCUUGGCCUGCGACGCGCCCAAAAUGAAUCACCCGUUCUCCUUACCCUCUUUCCAGGCUUAAGCCGCGAAACAUAUGAACAUACCUGCCAAAUAUUCUUCGAGCGCCUGAACGUAGCUGGCUUCUCAAUCCUUGAGCGCCCGACAGCACAGCUAUACGCCGCGAAUGCACUGGCGGGUGUCGCCGUUGACAUCGGUCGUUCGCACACUGAUAUCACGCCGUUUUACGACGGCCUUCCGAUCAAUAAUGCGCGGAUCACUAUUCCGCUUGGGACGGAGAUGUGCGCGCGAUACCUUGUACCGCUUUUGGGUGGGAACACAAGCGUAGCGCAAGCGUUGGAUGGUUUGGGCAUCCAAGGACCCGCGCGUCAAGCGGCGCUUGAAGAGCUCGCCGCUCAUGCAUGGCGUUCUGGACUUGUUCGCGCACCUGGGGCCGUGGAUCAGCCCGCUCCGGAGGAUGAAGGUGUGACGGACAUAGCAGCCGUCGUCGUUGCCGGAAAGGAGCGUGCGGUGAUCGAGAGCGGGAUGAAGAAGAAGGCGACAGCGAAGCAGACGAAGGAGGAGCAGGCACGCGCAAGGGAGAUUGAGGCGCUCGACCUUGUGACUACGAGGUUCCGCGGAGUCGAGCUUACACUUGGUCGGGAGAGGCAUCGCUUCUGCGAGCCACUAUUCGAUGCGGGCCUAUUGGUUGCCAUGGGCGAACGGGAAGCUGUGGUGGAUAAGGGGAUGUUGAUGACGAUACCACAAGCCGUCGUACACGCUGUACGAGAGUGCGAAGUCGACCAGCGUCGCGAUAUCUACUCUGGGCUACUGGUCACAGGCGAUAUUGCUUCGCACGUGAAGGGCCUUGGUACCACACUGACGGCGCGUCUGGCCCCAUACAUGCUCUCAAACCAGGAGAAUGCACAGAUGAACGACGUGCAGCCCGUUCAAGCGCGCACAGUGCGCGUGCCAGAUUACUUCGCCGAGUUCCGCGAUCGCGGUGAUGGUCUCGCCGCGUUCCUCGGAGCCAGCAUUGUCGCCAAGAUCACAUUCCAUGAUGGAAAGAACUUCGUCAACAAAUCGGAGUACUCGGAGAAGGGUCCUAAGGCGGUGUUGGAGUAUUCGCCGUCAUUACUGUAA